AUGACGGGGCCGCCCCGCCUCAUCCCCGCAGGUGUGCUGGCGGCUGGCACGGCCAUCUCUUCCCACGGCCGGGUCCAGGCCUGGGACUGGGCCACUCGGCCUCGCCAGACACCUGUGCUCAGCCCAACUUCUACUGUCCGGUGGACGAGUGCCCGGUCCGAGGAUCAGCUUCUCGCAGGCCCUCAGGACUCUGCCAUCCCUGAGCAGCCCCUGAAGGGUGCUCAGCCAGCAGAUCUCCUGAAGGUUCUAGAUUUUCACAACUUGCCUGACGGGAUAACAAAGACCACAGGUUUCUGCGCCACACGACGAUCUUCCAAAGGCCCAGAUGUUGCAUACCGAGUCUCCAAAGACGCCCAGCUCAGUGCGCCCACCAAGCAGCUGUACCCUGGUAAGAGACCGUCUGCAUUCCCUGAGGACUUCUCCAUCCUGACCACUGUGAGAGCCAAGAAAGGCAGCCAGGCCUUCCUGGUGUCCAUCUACAACGAGCAGGGCAUCCAGCAGGUGGGCCUGGAGAUGGGCCGCUCUCCCGUCUUCCUCUAUGAGGACCACACAGGGAAGCCUGGGCCGGAGGACUACCCCCUCUUCAGGGGCAUCAACCUGUCGGAUGGCAAGUGGCACAGAAUUGCUCUCAGCGUCCACAAGAAAAAUGUCACCUUGAUCCUCGACUGUAAAAAGAAGACCACCAAGUUCCUUGACCGCAGUGACCACCCCAUAGUGGAUGUCAAUGGCAUCAUCGUGUUUGGUACCCGGAUCCUGGAUGAGGAAGUGUUUGAGGGUGACAUCCAGCAGCUGCUCUUCGUCUCAGACCACCGGGCAGCUUAUGACUACUGUGAGCACUAUAGCCCUGACUGUGACACCGCGGCCCCUGACACCCCGCAGUCGCAGGACCCUAACCCGGAUGAAUACUACCCGGACGGAGACGGGGACGGUGAGACCUAUUACUAUGAGUAUCCCUACUACGAGGACCCCGAGGACCUGGGGAAGGAGCCCACCCCCACCAAGAGGCCUGUGGAAGCUGCCAGAGAGACCACGGAGAUUCCUGAGGAGCUGACCACAGCCCCCACGGAAGCCCCCAGAGUGCCUGAGGCCAGCGACAGGGUGGGGAAGGAAGAAGACCCUGGCAUCGGGGACUACGACUACGUGCCCAUUGAUGACUACUACACACCCUCCCCCUACGAUGACAUCAACUACGGCGAGGGUGUGGAGAACCCCGACCAGCCCACUGACCCCGACGCGGGGGCCGAGACCCCCACCAGCACCUCGGUCACCUCCAACUCCUCCAAUCCAGCUCCGUCCCCGGGGCAGGAGAGGGAUGACGUGGAGGGCGAGUUCACGGAGGAAACCAUCAAGAACCUGGAUGAGAACUACUAUGACCCCUACUACGACCCUGAUGCCAGCGUCUCCCCGUCGGAAGUCGGGCCAGGGAUGCCGGCGAACCAGGACACUGUCUAUGAAGGGAUUGGCGGACCUCGGGGCGAGAAGGGUCAGAAGGGAGAACCCGCCAUCAUCGAGCCAGGCAUGCUCAUCGAGGGGCCGCCCGGCCCGGAAGGCCCUGCUGGACUCCCAGGACCUCCAGGAACCACGGGUCCCACUGGCCAAGUGGGUGACCCUGGAGAAAGGGGUCCCCCUGGACGUCCUGGUCUUCCUGGGGCCGAUGGCCUGCCUGGUCCUCCGGGGACCAUGCUCAUGCUACCUUUCCGGUUUGGAGGAGGAGGUGAUGCGGGCUCCAAAGGCCCCAUGGUCUCGGCUCAGGAGUCCCAAGCCCAGGCCAUUCUCCAGCAGGCCAGGCUGGCGUUGAGGGGACCCGCUGGCCCUAUGGGUCUCACGGGGAGACCUGGUCCCAUGGGUCCUCCUGGGAGUGGAGGUUUGAAGGGCGAGCCCGGAGACAUGGGGCCUCAGGGUCCCCGAGGUGUGCAGGGUCCACCUGGCCCGGCAGGGAAGCCUGGGAGACGGGGCCGAGCUGGGAGCGAUGGAGCCAGAGGCAUGCCCGGACAGACGGGCCCCAAGGGUGACCGCGGCUUCGAUGGCCUGGCGGGGCUUCCGGGAGAGAAGGGCCACAGGGGUGACCCUGGCCCUUCUGGCCCACCAGGACCCCCAGGAGACGACGGAGAAAGGGGCGAUGAUGGAGAAGUCGGGCCCAGGGGGCUGCCUGGGGAGCCUGGGCCACGUGGUCUGCUUGGGCCAAAAGGGCCCCCAGGCCCUCCAGGACCUCCCGGCGUAACGGGUAUGGAUGGCCAACCAGGCCCGAAAGGAAAUGUGGGUCCCCAGGGAGAGCCUGGCCCCCCCGGACAGCAGGGUAAUCCUGGUGCCCAGGGUCUUCCAGGCCCCCAAGGUGCAAUCGGCCCUCCAGGAGAAAAGGGUCCCCUGGGUAAACCAGGCCUCCCAGGAAUGCCGGGUGCUGACGGACCCCCGGGCCACCCUGGCAAAGAAGGCCCUCCUGGAGAGAAAGGAGGCCAGGGCCCACCUGGCCCCCAAGGUCCCAUCGGUUACCCAGGUCCUCGAGGAGUCAAGGGGGCAGAUGGCAUCCGUGGUCUGAAGGGCACCAAAGGUGAGAAGGGUGAAGAUGGCUUCCCUGGAUUUAAAGGCGACAUGGGCAUCAAGGGUGACCGGGGGGAGAUCGGCCCACCUGGACCCAGGGGAGAAGAUGGCCCUGAAGGCCCGAAGGGUCGUGGAGGUCCCAAUGGUGAUCCCGGUCCCCUGGGGCCCACUGGGGAGAAGGGAAAGCUCGGAGUCCCCGGAUUGCCAGGGUACCCAGGAAGGCAGGGGCCAAAGGGUUCUAUUGGAUUCCCUGGAUUCCCUGGUGCCAAUGGAGAGAAGGGCGGCAGGGGGACACCUGGAAAGCCUGGACCCCGGGGACAACGAGGCCCAACGGGUCCGAGGGGUGAAAGAGGCCCACGGGGCAUCACGGGCAAGCCUGGCCCCAAGGGCAACUCUGGAGGUGAUGGUCCGGCUGGCCCUCCUGGUGAGCGGGGACCCAACGGACCUCAAGGACCCACGGGAUUCCCUGGACCAAAGGGCCCUCCGGGCCCUCCAGGCAAGGACGGGCUCCCUGGACACCCUGGACAGAGAGGCGAGACGGGUUUCCAAGGCAAGACUGGCCCUCCAGGCCCGCCCGGUGUGGUCGGCCCUCAGGGUCCCACGGGAGAAACGGGUCCGAUGGGAGAGCGUGGCCACCCUGGGCCCCCUGGUCCUCCUGGUGAACAGGGGCUCCCAGGCCUUGCUGGAAAAGAAGGGACAAAGGGUGACCCAGGCCCUGCUGGCCUCCCCGGGAAAGAUGGCCCUCCAGGAUUGCGUGGCUUCCCUGGGGACCGAGGGCUCCCUGGUCCGGUGGGAGCUCUUGGACUGAAAGGCAGCGAAGGCCCCCCCGGCCCCCCAGGCCCUGCGGGAUCUCCAGGGGAGAGAGGUCCAGCGGGUGCUGCUGGGCCCAUCGGGAUUCCAGGCAGACCGGGGCCUCAGGGUCCUCCCGGGCCAGCUGGAGAGAAAGGGGCUCCUGGUGAGAAAGGGCCGCAAGGCCCAGCUGGCCGAGACGGUCUCCAGGGUCCUGUGGGGCUUCCUGGUCCUGCUGGCCCUGUGGGUCCCCCUGGAGAAGAUGGAGACAAGGGAGAGAUCGGGGAGCCGGGGCAGAAAGGAAGCAAGGGUGACAAAGGCGAGCAGGGUCCUCCUGGGCCCACAGGUCCUCAAGGCCCCAUUGGACAGCCAGGCCCCUCCGGAGCAGAUGGUGAGCCAGGCCCUCGUGGCCAGCAAGGCCUCUUUGGGCAGAAAGGAGAUGAAGGCUCGAGAGGUUUCCCUGGGCCCCCAGGGCCCGUGGGGCUGCAGGGUUUGCCGGGACCUCCAGGUGAAAAGGGUGAGACUGGGGAUGUGGGCCAGAUGGGCCCUCCUGGUCCCCCCGGCCCCCGAGGACCCUCCGGAGCCCCAGGUGCUGACGGUCCACAAGGCCCUCCAGGAGGGAUAGGAAAUCCUGGCGCAGUGGGAGAGAAGGGUGAGCCUGGUGAAGCUGGUGAGCCUGGCCUUCCAGGAGAAGGGGGCCCCCUGGGACCCAAAGGAGAAAGGGGGGAGAAGGGCGAGGCCGGCCCCUCUGGUGCUGCUGGACCCCCAGGGCCCAAAGGACCCCCUGGAGACGACGGCCCCAAAGGCAGCCCUGGUCCAGUUGGUUUUCCUGGAGAUCCUGGCCCUCCUGGAGAGCCUGGCCCUGCGGGUCAAGAUGGUCCACCUGGUGACAAAGGGGACGAUGGCGAACCUGGACAGACGGGAUCCCCGGGCCCCACUGGUGAACCUGGUCCAUCCGGCCCUCCAGGAAAGAGGGGCCCCCCGGGCCCCGCGGGCCCCGAAGGUAGACAGGGAGAGAAAGGAGCCAAGGGAGAAGCUGGCUUGGAAGGCCCUCCUGGGAAGACUGGCCCCAUUGGCCCCCAGGGGGCCCCUGGGAAGCCUGGGCCAGACGGCCUGCGUGGGAUCCCUGGCCCUGUGGGUGAACAAGGUCUCCCAGGAUCCCCAGGCCCUGACGGGCCACCUGGCCCCAUGGGUCCUCCAGGACUUCCUGGCCUCAAGGGAGAUUCUGGACCCAAAGGUGAAAAGGGUCACCCAGGCCUGAUCGGACUCAUUGGCCCUCCAGGUGAACAGGGUGAAAAGGGAGACCGAGGCCUCCCUGGCCCCCAGGGCUCAUCUGGGCCUAAAGGAGAACAGGGUAUCACUGGUCCUUCGGGCCCGAUUGGCCCCCCUGGGCCCCCUGGCUUGCCGGGUCCGCCAGGUCCCAAAGGUGCUAAAGGCUCUUCGGGUCCCACUGGCCCGAAGGGUGAGGCAGGCCACCCAGGACUCCCUGGCCCGCCCGGCCCCCCGGGUGAGGUCAUCCAGCCCCUGCCAAUCCAGGCGUCCAGAACUCGUCGGAACAUCGACGCCAGCCAGCUGCUGGACGACGGGGCAGGCGAGAGCUACGUGGACUACGCGGAUGGCAUGGAGGAGGUCUUCGGAUCGCUCAACUCACUGAAGCUGGAGAUCGAGCAGAUGAAGCGGCCGCUGGGCACGCAGCAGAACCCCGCCCGCACCUGCAAAGACCUGCAGCUCUGCCACCCCGACUUCCCAGACGGUGAAUACUGGGUAGAUCCCAACCAAGGGUGCUCCAGGGACUCCUUCAAAGUCUACUGCAACUUCACAGCUGGAGGGUCGACGUGCAUCUUCCCAGACAAGAAGUCUGAGGGGAGUAAAAUGGCCCGCUGGCCCAAAGAGCAGCCUUCCACCUGGUAUAGUCAGUACAAGCGGGGUUCCCUGCUCUCCUAUGUGGACGCCGAGGGCAACCCUGUGGGCGUGGUGCAGAUGACCUUCCUGCGGCUGCUGAGUGCCUCUGCCCACCAGAACGUCACCUACAACUGCUACCAGUCAGUGGCCUGGCAGGACGCCUCCACGGGCAGCUACGACAAGGCCAUCCGCUUCCUGGGCUCCAACGACGAGGAGAUGUCCUACGACAACAACCCGUACAUCCGCGCCCUGGUGGACGGCUGUGCUACCAAGAAAGGCUACCAGAAGACGGUGCUGGAAAUCGACACCCCCAGGGUGGAGCAGGUGCCCAUCGUGGACAUCAUGUUCAACGACUUUGGAGAAGCGUCACAGAAAUUUGGAUUUGAAGUGGGGCCGGCUUGCUUCAUGGGCUAGGAGCUGCCGGCCCGUCUCUGAGAGCAACCUUGUGACCUCAACACGCCCUUCGUGAGUGUCUCGUGCACGACAUCCUGGACAGUGAAGGUUUCUCGCUCCCCUCCCGCCUGACUUCAUCUGUGCCUCCACACCACAUGGCGCCGACCCCAAGCCCAGAGAGAACAAAGGGAAACAGUCGCGUCCCCACCCGGAGCCGAAUCACAUGACCUAGCUGCCACAGCCUCUCCAUCACGCCCACGUCCAGCCACCCCAGGCCACAGGGAAGGCAGCGGGCCCACGACGCCCUGGCCCCCGCUCUCCUGAUCCGUCACCCUGGUGUUCAGGAC